AUGAGUUCCCCGGGUCCUUCCUCUGAUACGGAUUCGAUUGGAUCGAAACGAGAUGAUGCAAGCCCAGAAGUGCCUGAAUCAGUGCCCGACUCAUCCCCGUCACCCUCCGAAAAUGAUCCUCCACCAAGGCCACCGGCUCCAAAAAGAUUAACCCCCGAAAGCACCCCACAGCACGUCGCGCAAAGUGCUGAGGCCAGUCCCCUGCAUGGACUCUACGAGAAAUUCGGACAGAAAGAAAAGGAAAUCGAACGACUCGAAAAGCAAAACACUGACUAUCGCGAGCAGCUGAUAAGGACGAUAAGAGAAAGGGAUUUGAAUGAGGGGCUGCUGAAGAAUGUUCGCGACGAGCAAGCGGGGAAAUUCGCCGAGCUGGAGAAAAAAGUCUAUGAUCUUGAGUCACAGCUACGGGUUACAAAGGACCGUGCCAAUGCUCAAGAGUUACACUACAAUAAUACAACAAAGGACUUGACGACAAAGUUCAACACUCAAGUGGCUCAAUUAACAAAACGGCAAGAAACGGCUGAGAAAGAGAAAAACGAAGCAGUGGUGAAAUACGCAAUGAAAGAAGGGGAGAUCAUGAGGGUUGUUGAGGAAAAUAAGCGAAAAGAAGAGGACAAUAAAAAGUUGAAGCAAGAGUUGGACGAGUUCCGGAAAAGCGCCGACCAUCAACGGGUCACCGAUUUGGAAAAAGCCAAAGAAGCCCUGACAGUCGAAUUAGAAAAGGUGAAACACGAGCGUUUCGAUUUGGAUAAUCGGCUAAAAAUCUCGGAGAAGAGGCUUGAAGUAGUACAAUUGGCUUUAAACGAUCAAAAGCAACAAAAUGAGGUUUUGCGAAGACAGUUGAUGCAAGUGAAAGAAGAGAAAUCGAUGUGCCAAGAGACGAUUCGGAGCUUGGAAUUGCGGAUACAGAGUGACUGUGAAAAGAAGACGGUGGAAAGCGAAGAGGCAAACAAAGUGCAAAACGAGAGAGAGGAGAUUUACAGGAAUAUUGUGGAAGAAGUGGCUCGAACAAAGAAGUUAAAUAGAGAGCUGGGAGAGAAAGUCGAGGAGUUGACGAGGGAAAACACAUCGCUUUUGACGAAUCUCCAAACAAUCGAGACACAACUAAGAAAAGAAGAAAUCGAGCAUCUCUCCGCGAGAAAAAGAGUCGAUGAAUUGGAAGGGAUUGAGAGAAAAGUGAAUGGAUCGUUAGACGAGGCAAGAAAGGCGAGGCUAGCUCAGGAAGAGGCCGAAAAUGAUCGAAACACCGCUGAAACUGAGGCUGAUCAGUGCAGAAAACAGGCAGAACGGAUGCUCGAGAUCACUGAACAGUUAACAAAUCGAAACACGCAGAUGUGCUCAGAGUUGGAAGCGGUCAGGGAGGAGAAAACCAAUCUCCAAGAAAAAUUGAUCGAGGCGGAAGGAGCGUUGAAAAGAGCCGAGUCAAAGCUGGCGGACAACGAGAUGAAAGACGCCACUUCAUCCACAAAUAUGGAAAACGAGAUUGAGUCGAUGAAAAGCACAAUAGCGACAAAGAAUGAUAAAAUCUACCAACUGGAGAAACAGCUUGAUCAGGAGGUGACUUCUGCUAACAUUUACAGGAAAAAGACCACUGCGAAUAUAAAGGAACUCAAAAACGAGCUCUCCCAACUGCGGAAACAGCUUCAAACUCAACAAUGUCAAUCCACUCCCGAAGUCGUUGUUGAGUUGCCCGGUCCGUCAUCGGGCAGCAGAAGUAGGACGAGCUCAAUCACAAGCAUUGAUCAAGUUGGGCGUUCAUCAGAGGCUUCCUACAAUUUGCAAUCGCCACAAGAAGAGAUCGCACCUCCAUUCCAACAGGCCAUGAUCGAAAAGAUCGUCAAACUCCAAAAGCAGCUCGCAAGACGAACGGAGAAAAUCGAAUUCCUUGAAGAGCACGUGAAGCAAUGUUUAGAGGAGCUGCAGAAGAAAACAAAAAUCAUUCAAUACUAUGCCCUUCGAGAAGAGGCUUCGCUUCUUGUACCAGAUGAUAAAGAUCUACGAAAAGUUCCAAUCUCGAAAAGGACUGCUCCAGCCUACAGUUUGAUGGGAUCGAUGUGGUCAACGGGGAAUGACAAAUCGGCGCUGCAAUUAGCCACCGAAGUGAACUCUCGACUACAAGCUGUGCUUGAGGAGACAUUGUUGAAGAAUAUUGCGCUAAAGACAAGUGUCGACAAUCUCGGUGAAGAGAUCGCUCGACUAUCACGAGAAAAUCGACAGCUCAGUUUGAAGUCU